AUGUCUGGGAGCCGGUGGCUGAAGAAGAAGGAGGAGAGAGACGGCAGGAGCGGCUGGUGGCGAGGCUUCUUCUGCAGGAUGGAAAUGGCUUUGGACUUGGCGGCCGCGGAGGCCCCUCGCUCGAGUGGAUGCACCCCGCCGCCCUGGCAAGGCCCCCUGGAGGGUACCCCCGAGAGUGGGCGGGGCCGAGGAGCCCUAGGAGGGUUCACAAGGCGGUGGAGGGAUACCCGGGCCGCGGCCGGAACUACUUUCAGGAGGCGGUCACGUGUGUGCCUAGUUGGGGAACUUUCCAAAUUCCCACUCCCCUGUAAUAGCCGGAGAGGCGAGCGGUUCGCUCCCUUCGCCCGCUGUGCGUCCGCCGGGUGCGGGCAGCGGGACCGCUGGGCCGCCCGGUUCGCUAGGGGAAAACUCGCCGGGGAGAGCCUCCUACCGGAGCUCCGCGGGGGCUGACGACUGGGAAGCUGGUUACACAAGCACCCACAUCCAAGCACGUGCCCCCGUCUCCCCGCACGCUGGCUGCCGCCGCUGCUUCUUGCAGACCUCGGGACGAGCGUUCCCAGGCUGCUCCCACCCUCCUAGCUCUGGAUCGGCUCACACUGCGCAUUCCCUACCGCGGGAGAAGGGGCUGUGCCCCGGGGGGAUCUGCGUCUCUUCCUCGCUAGUGCCCUGCCCCUUAGGGCGAACCUUCCUGGUGCCGUGCUCGCGGGGCAGGAGGGGGACUUCUGCUGCUACUGGGAUACACCGAUGUUGCCACAGACUUCCAGUCACUAACCCUGAGCUGGUGAGCGCGCCCCACCUACUGUAAACUCGGCGAGUGGCAAGUGACUUAUCUGGUCGGAGAACCUAGUCAAUGGCCGUCAGCCCAGAACAAACCUGUCAAGUCUGCUUACAGCCCCAUUAGUUGACCUAUCCCUGUGAAAGGCUGAGAACUGGAGCGCUUUUACCGGGACCUUGAUCAUCUGCAGGACCAGUCGUCCACCUUCUGCUUGGAGAAAAUAGGCAUCAGUCAACACCAAUACAGGAACGUCCUCCUUUUCUUUUCCCUGGGAAGUAGAACUCAAGGAGACAAUUGGAGCCCAAAGAUUGUGUUAAGAUUUAGGCUGAGGGGCACUGGGAGAACAGAGAUCAAUGUGUAUGUGUAUUGCAGUAAUUGGGAGUAGACGCCUAGGAAGGUCUGAAGACGAUUUAUUUUGCAUAUGAGAAAGGAGAUUGUGUAUGAGCACAUCAUAGUUGCAGGCAGCCCCUGAAGACUAGAAACCUCAAGAGACCUAGCUUAGAAGCCAGAGGCCAUUACCUAACUCCGAGACUACUAAUUAAACCUUACAAUGUUCUUAGCGAUCUCUGAGUCUCCAUAAAUCUUGUAGUUUAAAUACAACAUCCUUUUAUGAUGGGUCUACAGGAAUUAGCAUCCUGCUGGACCUUCAAUGUUGGUAUUUCCUGGAAGCUGAUUUUGUGCAUGGUCCUGGUGGGCCUGGGGGAGACAAGGAUCAUAAGUUGAAAGAAAAUGGAGAGCAACCUAGAAAGGGUAGGAGAAAGGCCUACUCCUACUUUGGUUUCUAAAGAUGAAAAUCCUGCCCAUGCAGCCUAGUGUGAGCUAGAGACUUCUUUAUUUCACAAAUAACCAAGGACAAAGAGACCCUGGUUUCUAGAUGUUCCACUAGAUUUCAUUGUAAGAACCUGAGCUGUGCUCAAUUGAAUACGCACCACUGCUUGGUGGGCAAAGUGAAGAUGCAGUUAAAUGAAGGGAAGUGGAUUGGGGAGGAGUACAAUUUUCCAUGUCAGUUUCUCAGGCUGCUGAGCUUGUCCCCAGAGACCCUGGAGCCUACUCGUUGUGAGGAUUACUUUUCCAGCAUCUAAGAAGUUCUGAAAUCCACACCUGGGAAGAAAAUGGGUUCGUUUCUGCCAUGGGUUCCUUAGGCUUGAGGAGAGAGGAUUCUUUUCAAUGCCCACCAGUUAUUCUGGUGCAGAGAGGGCGUGCAUCAUCAGCACUAAAGUGUGGGAAUAUGAGAAUGGCCCUCAGGCACUUCCAUCAGCUAAGGGAGAAAAUGGGAAGUAGUUUUGCUGCUGCUCUAAGCAUUGGGUCUCUACUUUUCUCUAGGGAUGAAUGAAAGGAUCACCAAUGUUGGCAGAUAUUUGGUCAGCCUGACAGCAAUAUCAGGUAGUUAUUAGAAGUUGCUGAAUAAAAACCUCCUCCCCUUCCCAGUUAAGCAGAUUCCUAAAGGAUAAUACUGAUGUAUCCUUUUUCAAAUUUUCUUUUUCUUUUUUUUUCUUCUACGCAAUAAAUCUCCUUACCCAAGUGGGAAGGCUGAAACCUCUAUAUAGCUGACCCUAUCUAUAAUGUACAGAAAGGGUUUUUUAAAAAAUGAUUUUUAAAAUUCAAUGGCAAAUAUCUGCUUGUUUGUACCUUAUGUUAAUUUCCUGGUUUUGAUAAUUAGUCUAUGGCUCUCUAAUUUAUUAAGAUUAGGCCAGCUGGGUGAAGAAUAUACAUCAACUCUGGAUCAUUUUUGCAAGUUUUUUGCAAGUCUAAA